CAGUGUGUUUUGAGAGAGAAAAUGAGGACGAGUGGAUUUGACUCAUCUGAGGAAGAGGAUUUUGGAGAGGAGGAAGCCACACCUCUCCAGAUCUCAUGGUUGUCUCUAUCAGUAGUAGAGUGUUCCCAGUCUCUUGGAAUCUGUUCUUUACCAGGAUGCAGAUAUAAAGACAACAAAAGAAACCUGCAAAAAGACGUUGCUGAGCUGUGCGAUCAGGGUGUGGAGGAUGUGUUUGUGUUCUGUACCAGAGGAGAGUUGGUGCUCUACAGAGUGCCAUGUCUGUUAGAGGUUUAUUCUCAGCGUGGGCUCAGAGUGCAUCACCUUCCUUUCCCAGACGGAGGUGCUCCAGAGCUUUCUCAAUGCUGCUGCAUACUGGAAGAACUACAGGAAUGCCUGCAGAAUCAACGUAGGACUGUCAUACAUUGUUACGGAGGACUGGGGCGGUCAGGAUUAAUUGCUGCAUGUUUGCUGUUGCAGCUCUCGGUCUCUAUGAUGCCCAGUAAAGCUCUGGAAAUCCUUAGGGAGCUGAGAGGGGGUGGAGCCAUUCAGACAGUCAAGCAAUACAACUUCCUUCACGAGUUUCGGGAAAAGCUUGAAGCCUAUCAUGGAUCCAAAGAGCGUCUUUCAGAGAGAUCAGUGUCCAGAUGAUCCACAAACAUCCAGAUGAUGUGAAAGCAAAAUAAAUUGUUGAUUGGUGGUUUUGCUCUUGCGAUUUUCUAUUUUAAUCAUGAAUACAUGUGUUAUUUUCUAAUGGCAUUUUAAAAAGUAUGUAUUUUAAUAAAUUGAUUUUAUGAUAUUGAGCUUAAUAUACAGUAUAGCGUUAGCUUUGCAGUUACAUUGUUCAAUUAAAUAUACAAAUUGCCUAAACAUAACAUGUCUUGACUGAUCCUGGCCAGCUACCAGUACUAGUUCAAAUCCAGACUGAUGCUUAUUUUAUGUAUGGGAAGCCAUAAAUACAAUGAAAGUGAAUGGUGAUAAAGGUUAUAUAUACUGUAUAGA